AUGAUCCCCCUCGACCUUCUCCCUGGGCUCGGAAGCACGAAGUCGUUAAGUUUCGCAGCGUUUCUUGAGGAAGAGUUCAGCAUGAAAAGGUACACCAAAGUCGGGAACCUUGACGAAAAGCAGAUUGUCAUCUUAAACAAAAAGCUCAACCCUAGUCUAAAUGAAUACGUUCCGGUGUUUGUCAAUCUUAUCAGACACCACUGGCCUUUGGAUGACUAUGACGUUCUGACGCAGCCGAAGAUGACCAUUGGCUGGAUAUUGCCAGUGAACAUGUUCACUCCACGGUCGUAUGGACAGAGAACCUUAAAAGGUGGCCUGCGAUACUUCGUCCCUGGAUCUAUCGAUUCGUUCAAGAGGAAGGAGAGGAAGGGCGGCCAUCUAAGCAAUCCUCCCUCGCUUCUGGAUUACCUUGCCGAUGGUGAACUGGGUGGGGACGAUGUCGAAGCACACACUGUCGCGCAGAUCAACCUCUGUGUCGCUGCCAUCCAGUCCAUGGCCUCGACAGUGACUCAAUGUCUCAUGGACCUUGCGACGUAUCCACAGUAUCUGCCCGAGCUUCGUGAAGAGAUCACCUCAAUGCUUUCUCAGAAGAAUGGAGUCCUUGACAGACAAUCUCUGGCAGAUAUGAUGAAGUUGGACAGUUUCAUCAAAGAGACCCAGAGAUUGAAUCCUCCAGAUCUCGCAAGCUUCCAGCGCAAGGUUAUGUCGGACAUCACUUUGGCGAAUGGUCUUCGAAUCCCAAAAGGAGCGCGGAUCGCUCUGCCGACGGGGGCAAUCAACAUGGACAGCCAGUUCUUCGAAGACCCGGAAACCUUUGAUGGCUUCCGGUACUACAGGCUCCGAAUGGAGAGUGAGGAGGCCCGGAAAAGCAGCCAGAUGGUGACAGUGGGAAAGAAAGAUUUGACAUGGGGCUACGGCAGGCACGCCUGUCCGGGUCGGUAUAUUGCUGAGGUAGCUAUGAAGCUGCUCAUCAUCGAGUACAUCGUGCGUUAUGACAUCAGUCUUCCCGAUGGCAUCAAAGAGCGUCCGAAGAACAUCGAAUUCGAAGGGCUGGUCAUACCAGACCCUAAUUGGGAGCUGGUUUUCCAAAGUCGGUAA